UGCGAUGCUGAGAGACGAUUGCGGUGUGUGAGAAUGAAAAUGUGUGUAUCUGCGCAUCCGCCGGUCCCAGCACUGAACGCCGCGAGGUGUGUGUGUCAAUCUGUGUGAACGUUGGGGACCUUAAGAGAAGAAACACAACAACAACAACGCUGCACAAAAAGAUGUACUUUUUUUUAAAUUAAUUUUUUUUUAUAAGGAGGAUCAAAAGCAAAGUGCUGUGAAAUUUCAGCUUUCCUUUUUGCAGAGAGAGUCCUGCCGAAUUUGGUGAAGUUUUCUCCAGCAGGGUACAUCUGUCGCAGUACAGUACCCCAGAACAAGGGUGUUUUGUUUUUAGGACAGAAGAGCUCUGUGUAUUGUCAGUUUGGGAUCAUUAGAGAAUGGUUACGUUCCGCUGCUGUGGUUCCAUUUUAACUUUUGCUAUUUCCUGCAAACCAUUUCAUUAAGGAACACUGAGUGCCUAGAUCAUGAAGUGGAACCUCUUCAAGAAGAAACCAGAAGCCAUGGUGGGUCCUGAGCCCACGGGUUUUGGGGGAACGCACCCACCCAGCACCAUGACGAUGGCCCCUGCUCUCUCCACUACAGCAGACAACUCCACAGAGUCUGGAGGCUCUUCCAUGGAUGACAUCUUUGAGAAGAUCAGGAACAAAUUCCUUAAUGAGAUUGAGACAAUCCCAUUGCCUCCCUGGGCACUGAUUGCGAUCGCCGUAGUGGCAGCUCUUCUCAUCGUAACCUGCUGCUUUUGCAUCAUCAAGAAAUGCUGCUGCAAGAAAAAGAAGAACAAGAAAGGAAAGAAGGGCAAGGAUGGCUUCAACAUGAAGAAUAUGCAGGGUGGAGAUAAAAACCAGGACGACGACGAUGAGGAUGGAGAAACAGGUUUAACCGAGGAAGAGAAAGAAGAAGAGGAAAAGGAGCAGGAGAAACUGGGCAAGCUGCAGUAUUCUUUGGAUUAUGACUUCCAGGAUAACAAGCUGACAGUGGGGAUCUUGCAGUGUGCUGACCUGAUUUCCAUGGACUCUGGAGGAACUUCAGACCCUUACGUUAAAGUCUUUCUCCUCCCUGACAAAAAGAAAAAGUUUGACACUAAGGUGCACAAAAAGACUCUGAAUCCUGUAUUCAACGAGACUUUUGUUUUCAAGGUCCCCUACCAGGAGCUGGGAGGAAAAACUCUGGUUAUGUCUGUUUUUGACUACGAUCGCUUCUCCAAGCAUGACAUCAUUGGUGAAGUCAAACUGCCCAUGAACACAGUGGACAUGGGACAGCCUAUUGAGGAAUGGAAAGACCUGGAAAGUGCUGAGAAGGAAGAGCCGGAGAAGCUUGGUGAUAUCUGCAUUUCACUGCGGUAUGUCCCCACUGCGGGUAAGCUGACUGUCUGCAUUCUGGAGGCCAAAAACCUGAAGAAAAUGGAUGUGGGUGGACUAUCUGAUCCAUAUGUGAAGAUCCAACUGCUACAGAAUGGCAAGCGUCUAAAGAAGAAGAAGACCACAGUGAAGAAGAAUACACUGAACCCAUACUACAAUGAGUCUUUCAGCUUUGAGAUCCCACUGGAGCAGAUGCAGAAAAUCCUCGUGGUAGUCACCGUCUUUGACUACGACAAGAUUGGUAAGAAUGAUGCCAUCGGAAAGCUCUUUAUUGGCAGCAAGGCUUCAGGCACAGAGCUGAAGCACUGGUCCGACAUGCUGGCCAACCCACGCCGUCCUAUCGCUCAGUGGCACACCCUGAAAGAAGAAGAGGACAUAGACGCCACGCUGGCUGGUCUCCAUGCCAAGAAGUAACUUCACCUCUCUACAAAUUCAACUAAUCAACUAACCUCCCUCCUCAACCCAUCCAACCCAGCCACCUCUGCAUGAAAGCCGACCAACCACUGCCCAUGCCUACUCCAAAUAAUGUUCAGAAUAAUGUACUUGAAAAAGUCAGCAUUGCUGAAUGUGAAAACUCCAUGUCUCCCCAAAACCCAGUUCAUCCUGUAGUGUACACUGAGUGGAAGCGUGGUUGAAGAAGACAUGUUUUGUCGUCCUAAAGCAGUUUUCAAAUUGUCAUCCCAUGCUCCUGCAACAGAGGGAUAUUUGCACAUGGAGUCAUAUAGCUUUCAUAACACAGACAUGCCAUCUUCAUCCUCUAUGGUCAGUUACCAUCGACAUAUCAAAUUGAUUCAAUGAAAUUAUAUCAUUGCGUGUAUAUAAGACACAAGAAAGUGCUAAAAAAACAAGACCAAAUCGGACUACCUGACAAAAUAUGUUUAACUAGUACAGAAAUAAUAUAUAUGAACAAGUCAAUUAUAUCAUCGUAUAUAUUUCUCACACCCUAUGUAUCAACAUUUAUAAGUUUCAGUAAAUGAUGGCUGUCCAACAUUGUCACAUUUAUUGACACAACUUGAAAGUUCAAAGGCUUUCAACUGAUUCUCUGUGCUGGGUUUUGAAGCAAAACAUGGUUAAUUCACAAUUUACACACUUUAGCUAUACAUUGGUACAAGUGAACAACAUAUUGUUCAUGAAUAGUAAGGUAAGUCUACGCUAAAUAUUUUACAGUGAAAUUGUUUACCAAAUGUAUGUUCAUUUUUAAGGCUGCUAGAUUUAGCUUUUAGAAAUCUAAAGGUUAAAUGUGCUUUUGAGAUGAAAGAAGAAUCAGGGCUACAGGUUUUGUUUUGUUUUGUUUUGUUUUGUUUGUUUGUUUGUUUGUUUUUGGAGCGAUUUACAGCUCCCUGUUAACACAGCGCCCUCCGUGUUGAAAAAUGGACAAUGGAGAAAAAUAAGACGAAAUUAGUCAUCAUACCUAUACCAUCACACUAUACCUAAACCUUUAAAUCUGAUCUCAAUGAUAAAGAUGUUUAUUUGCUAGAGGAUUUCUGGAAGGGUUUAAAACGAGAUUAUCCUGAUGGUAUUGCCUUAUUUAAUGUGGAAUAAAUUCAUUAAUCUUACCAUACCAUUUACACUAUACUUAAACUGACCAAGAAUGCUUUGUGAGAAUAAAUCAAUCGCCAUCGAUUAGUAUGGCUGUUAAUUCACCGAAGCUUCGAAUCCACUUUCCAUUCAUUUGGUUCGUGUAUAUGUAUAAUGCACAUUUUAAGCCUCUGGUUAGUUCACUGCCUUUGUUUGUUUGAAGGAACUUUACCUACAACCACAAACAAACCCAUUAAACGCCAUUCAAUCAGAAGACAUUUGACAUUUGAAAUGCCAAAGUAAUAAUGCAGGUUUAAUGGGAAGGGAUGCAGUUCACUGGAGAUGUGACAAACAUUGUCUCAUCUCUGUUGUUUUAUGUUAGAAGGUACAAAACGAGGCAAUAGACCACACUUAGUUCAGUCCACUGAUGGGCACUUCUUUCCCUCUGCUCUCCUCUAAUUGUGCUGUACAUAUGCAUUGAUAAACUUUGUUAAUACAGCAUGUGUCUAUACCUUGAUGUACAUAGAAGCAUGUUUUGAAGAUAGAGCAUAUAUUGUGUAUGUGUGGCAUUUGUCAUUUUGAUAAUAAAACGUAGAGGAAAAAUACAAUGACUGCACAUUUUAUUAAAUUCCCCAGAGUGGGUAUAGGAAUUACUGUAAAUCUUUAGCUGAAGAUUUCAAGCCUUUCAGGUUACUUUAUUUUCCUUUCGAUCUGAGGAGUGCUACUCUGAGCUGUGUGCAAAUUUUGUUUUAUUCAAAUGUGCCAUAUUACUGUGGUUGCGUUUGUGAUUCGCUUGUUUAUUUAUGAGCUUAUCGUGCUUUCUUUAUGCUCGAUUUAUGUCCAGUCGAUAUUUCUUUGUUAACUUUUUAUUUAUUUCGGUUUUUUUUUUUUUUUUCUUUUUUCUUUCUUUUUUGUAUUUGUUCUGUCUUGCUGAUAUGUUUUGUUAUGUUUGUGAAUACAAUAUUCAGAUUUUUGCUUUUCUGGUUAAAAAAAAAUCUGUGUGUAUUUACAGUAAGGAAAUCUAAGUCAGAAGCCAUAUGUGUGGUCCCUUUUCCACAAAACCUUAUAAUCGUAGGACAAGAACGUGUACCUCAGUGACAAAAAAAACAAACAAAAAACAACAGAUCACACACUCUUUGUACAUCCCUUUGAUUCAAAAGAUGUGAAAGGAAACUCGAGUUUUUAAGAAAAAAAAAAAGGAGCUGUCUGUUGAAAGGCAGUGUAAAGUUUUAUUUAUUUUAACGAACAGAUCAUAAAGAGGUAGGAUUAAGCCAGUUCAUGCACACAUGUUGUUAGUCAUAGAGUAUUUGUAUGUUAGUGGUAGCUAUCUCUACAUCGGUGUAAUCCAAAACAAACUGAUUUGGUGUUUCACAUUAAUCAGUACACAAAUGCUUGCAAAAGAUAUGAUUAGUAGAACAAGUACAGUUCUAGUGAUCCACAUGUAACAGUGGCAUGAUUUUAUUAUGCAAUGUGUGUCUUUGUUAGUGUAUGCCUGCGUGUGAGUGUGUGUGUACAAAGUAUUUACAUGAAUCAAGGUUUGAAGUCUUGCCAGAUGGCUAAAAGACAUUUAUGAGUGUCUUAAAAUUGAUGAGAAGAAAACCUAUCAUUAUAGAUUAUUUAAGCAAAAAUGUUGUCGUAAAAAGCCUGUUAUUUAAUGUAACGUGUGAUCCUUUGUUUUUUCCGAACAUCCACUGAUUUCUUUGAACAAGCCUACGCAUUACUUCAUGUAGGAGUUACACCAUUAUGUGUGGGCCUUUUUACAAGAUUAAAACGAGGACAGCUUCAUGUCUGUCGUGUGUGUGUGGGGGAGGGGGGGGAGGGGGGGAGCUGUGACUAGCCUACUGUGAAUAAGCAUUUUCUUUUAUUUCCAACUUGUGUGUAUAGAGUGAGUACAAAACCCCUGACAGGCUCUGUCUUUGGUAUCAUGCUUACAUCAUGAAAAGUCUAGCAAUGGAUCUUUUGUUUUGUUUUUUGUUUUGUUUUUUUCCAUUUUGAAUGUCUUGUUUUCUAAAGUUCCAUCAAAGGUGUGUUUUGUCUCUGGAACAUUUGCUUUAAAGUGAUGUGUGCUUUUUAAGUCAUGUCCAGCUGCCAUGGACUUCUGUGCUGCUGCUUAGGACGUUGCAAUAGGACCAAUGCAGAAAAAAAAGAAGAAUGUCUUCAUAUUUUUUGUGUGACCAUGAUUGAAAAGCUACAGGGGAUCAUUACACCCCUGCCAAGCAGACAACAAAAUCCCAGUCUUCCCUGGGACACUGGAUGCCAGAUGACUGGCCCCUUGCCCAUGCUGAGACAUUUAAUUUCACCACCUCUCCGGCCCAUAUUAAUGGCAAACAAUUUUGCCUAUGCCAUAAUGUCGACACACGCUUACUAACAUGAUCUAACACACUCGUUCUCUGUAUUCAUUUCAUGGUGAAACCAUGUAAAGACGUUUCCAAAGACCUGCUCGUCCUCGUCCAUUGUGUCUCGUGUAGAGGUACCUGUGUCAGUGAUUCCUUUUGUGGAUGCUUUGGCAUGCUUUUAUCUCUUACAGAGAAUCCCAUUUACCAUCAGAAGAUAAGCCUUUGCUACUCAUGUAGGUUAUUGUCAUUCUGUAAACCAAUAAUGUCAGUACUUGAAGAGAUACCAGCCACUAAAAAAAGGUCUACAUGCAGAUUCAUCCAUUGGUUCUCAACUAGCUAAUCAUAUGAAAUAAAGCCUUUUAAAUAUC